UGACUUGACACUAGCUAACCGUCCUGAGGGAGGCCGAGGAGUGUUCUGCUUUAUUUUUCUCUGCUAUAUGGACACUUUCUUUGUUGUUGUGUGUUGUUAUGUUGUAUAAGAGAGACGUUUGUAUGUCUCAUAAAAGUCAUUUUUAUAAUGGUAAUUAGUAACUAAUAACUGUCCGCGGACUUCGACGGCUGAAUCAGACUGCAAACCUCUCCGGUGUGAGCGAUGCGACUCGGAUUUUAAUUGUUUUUUAUUUUAUCGAAAGGAAAAUGAGGAAAGAACAUUAGUUUUUCUCGUCAUUUUAAACUGCUAGAGGUUGUUUACAAAAAGAGACAAGGCGGAAAUGACACUCUGCUAGCACAAGAAGACGCAUAAAGGAUUUAUUACAACCAUAAACCUCGUGACACUCCUGCUUUUACUUAUUAUUUCUGGAUUAAUUGGCCACAGAUUACGUGGCUUUGCCUGUCUGUCGUUUUGAGGAUAUCCCCGAUGCAUUCACUUGCCCCCUCUCAACAUGCUGGCUCUGAGGCUAGAGCAGGGCAGGCGAGGAGGCGGUGAAGUCGAUCGCCUGCAGAAAGGAGCCACUGUGGCUCGGCAGGGCCGGCAGUCAGGGAGGCCGUCUGCUCAGGAGCAGAGCAUUAGCAUCAGGGAGAAGAUCUCCCAGUGGGAAGGUCGCAGCCAGCAGGGCAGCAGCCAGGAUGCCGCCGGGGUGAAAGCACAUCCUUCGACCGUAUCCCGGAGUCUGUCGGGAGAUGUUCUGGGCAACGGAUGUUCCAAUCAGGGAUCGAGAGGGAGGCUUCAGGCAAAACCCAGCCUCGCCAAAGCUAAGAGCUUGGACUCAGAUUUUCGGGAAUCCCCAGCACAAGCUGGACAUGGUGUGGUUAGUAGGAAGUCAGAACCUCUUCAGAAAUGUUCCACUCAAUUUUCAACCACAACCCCAGGAAAUAAACCACUUACAGCACAAACAUUUGAAUCUCCCAAAGUGGAGGCUAACACAGUUUACUCUACAGGUAAACAAAUCUUCACUGCCAAUGGCAACCAAAAAACAAAUUGCAUCUUGGAUGUUGAAGUAGUUUCUAAACUUCUACCUCUAUCAACUGACGACCAAGAAGACAACAUGCCUGCUGGAAACUUCUACACUUCGCGGGGUUUCUGGCGCAAACUUGAGGGGGACAGGCUGCUGUGGGAGAAAGGCAGGGAGUCUUCAGGUGAAGCCCAGCCUCCUCCCAAACCUCUGCGGACAUUCCAGUAUCAGGGAGCCAACAACAACAACACAGGGAACACAGACAGCAGAGCCCCUCAUAAGAACCACUCCAACACGAGGAGUAGGAGGGUGGCCCACCCACCCAGCUUCCCACCUCCUCCGUGUCCAGUAGGAAAUACCAAUGGGCUUUCAAGGCAUAAAAAGAACAGGAAGUCCUUUGAGUAUGAGGAUGCGGCGCGUCUGACGGCGAAACAAGGCACACUGGGAGGCGAGGAUAGACACUCAGGCCUCUACCAUGCCUACUCUGACGACAAUAUUUAUGAGGACAUCGUUUGUGAAGCGACCAGAGAUAACCCCUAUGAGGAUGUCAAGCUAUCUCCCAUGUGUCUCCCUAUUGCAAGCCGCCCAAAGCUGCCUCCUAAACCCCAAACGUUGCAAGGCUACACUAGCAAAGUGCAGGGGAAGAAGUUCCAAACGCCAUCCAAAUCCACAACACUCGCUCCAAAAUCAGUUACACCCCGACGUGCAAGCACUCAGAAAAUACAGCGGCCACCUCAGUACGUCAACAAGAUUGAGACCAUCUUUGACGACAAGCGAGGGAGGAAAAGAGUAAAGAACCAAGGAGUCUCAGUUCGAGAGGACACCAGUGGGACAGAGAGUGACCCUGAGGACAACACAAAAGCAGGCUCCAGGAGAUCAGUUUACAUCCAGUCUACACUGAAACGUCGGCCAGGCUACCGCACCCUGGAGAGAGACCUGAUCCAGCUGCAGCAGCAGCAGCUUUUCCAGAUCUUUGUGGUGGUGUCGCUGAGAAAAGGCUCCCCAGGAAACACUUACUCGCCUGAAAUCACACAGCAGUUCCCCAAACUGUUUGAGAAGUCAUCCCGGCUCUCCAGAGAGGCGGAGGAUCAGCUGAAGGUCAUUCCCAAGUUCUGCUUCCCCGACUCACAGGACUGGAAACCCUCUUCACAUGGGCCAAGUGAGACCUUCUCCUUUGUCCUGACUGGAGAGGAUGGCAGCCGCUGGUUUUGUUACUGCCGUAAGAUCUUGCCCAUUGGAAAAGGGAAAAGGCUUCCUGAGGUGCACUGUAUUGUCAGCAAGCUGGGCUGUUUCAACCUCUUUGCAAAGAUUUUGGAGGAGGUUGAAAGGCGCAGGGAGAUCUCCCCAGCGCUGGUUUACCCUUUUAUGCGCAGUGUGAUGGAGGCCCCUUUUCCAGCCCCCGGACGCACAGUCACCGUCAAGAGCUUCCUCCCUGGCUCUGGGAAUGAGGUACUGACUUUGUGCCGACCAGUGGACUCCAGACUGGAGCACGUGGACUUUGACAGUCUGCUGCAGUGCCUCAGUGUCGGGAAUCUCCUGCAGGUGUUUGCUUCCCUUCUGCUUGAGAGGAGGGUCAUCUUCAUCGCCGACAAACUCAGUGUGUUGUCUCGGUGUAGCCAUGCAGUGCUGGCGCUGCUCUACCCCUUCACCUGGCAGCAUACAUUUGUGCCUGUGCUACCGGCCAGCAUGCUGGACAUCAGCUGCUCCCCCACCCCGUUCCUCAUUGGGGUCCUGGCACCCUGCCUGCCAGAGCUGCUGGAGCUGCCCAUCGAGGAGGUGCUCAUAGUGGAUCUGUGUGCAGACAAGUUUGUCAUUCAGCUGGGGGAUGAAGACUGCAUCCUGCCCAGUAAACUGCAGGCAGCUCUGCAGCAGAUCCUGGAGGAGAGGGAAGAUAUCCUGAGGCAGGAGGCUGGAGACAGUUGUGGAGGUCUGCAGGCUGAUCUGAGCUCUCUGCUGUCAGAAGGUUUCGUGCGGUUCUUCGUGGAGCUGGUAGGCCACUAUCCUCUGCACAUGGCCGAGUCCUCCAAUGGAAGCAGGGAGCUCCAGCGUGACAGCUUCCGUAAAUCUCACCCCUCACGUGGAGUUCGCCAGUUCCUGCAGCUCUUCAUGGAUACUCAGAUGUUCGCCGGCUUUAUUCAGGACAAAGAGCUGCGCAAGGGAGGAGGAAGAGGUCUCUUUGAACUCAGAGUGUCUGAGUACCUAGAGUCGUACCCUGAGCCGGAGCCAAGUGGUGUGAACAAAUUUCUCAAAGGACUGGGAAACAAGAUGAAGCUCCUACAAAUAAAAUGAGAACGGACCAACAGCCUGACUUUACAAUUAAAGACGUAUCAGAAACAGAACACUUGUUGAGGAAAAGAGUUUGGAUGUGAAUGGGAUGGUGAAGACUUUGGGUGUGAGAGGACCAGGUUGAUCUUAUAGCCAUGUAUGCAUGUCAGAGCAAUGCACUUUUUAUUGGACGAAGACUGGAAAGGCCAUUUCUUUUCUUACAUUGUUUUUAUGAAAACCUUGAGGACAAGGCACUGUGUCUUUUGCAACUGUUUUCUCCUUGACUGGAAACUUGUUUACAAUGUGACCAUUUCAAAGGAAAUGCAAAUCUGAUUUAUCAAACUUCUAAGUUCUUUACAACUGGAAAUUAUUGGUGGUUCCAAUCUGACCUGUUUAAAAUUGGCCCUGUGUAAAAUUCCAUUAACUUCAGCACAAACUCUAAAAAAAAAAAAAAAAAAAAGAGUUGUUUACUGUGUUCUAUUUGUUUACAUUUCAAAUCAAGUAGAUGUCUAUUAACUGAUGAAAAUAUCUCACGGUGUUAACUUCAUCAAUCAAUUCAAGUAUUUACAUUCUGAAAUUAAGUUUUUUUUUUUCUUCUGUCCUUGACUUUCUCCUUGUUAACUGGAAUUGUAAAUAUUUCUUUUUUACAUUUUGCACAAUGUUGAGAACCAGUGUACAGUAUUUGGAAUAUUUUUGUAUUAAAGCAUGAUCUGUCUGAUAUUAAAUAAAUGGGUUCCAGAG